AUGCCCGUAAAAGUUUUCAGACGCUUAUCCCAAGUGGGUAUUGGUUUAGCCUUAGGUGGUGGGGUGGUAAACAAUGCCCUUUAUAACGUCGACGGAGGCCAAAGAGCAGUAAUAUUCGACAGAUUCACAGGCAUAAAAAAAGUUGUAGUUGGUGAAGGAACUCAUUUCUUCAUACCCUGGAUCCAGAAACCGAUCAUUUUCGACGUAAAGUCAAAUCCGAAAACAGUCUCCGCAAGAACUGGCAGCAAAGAUCUCCAAACUGUUGAGAUAAGCCUCAGGAUUCUCUUCAGACCUGUUGCGGACGAAUUGCCCAGGAUCUAUACCGUUUUGGGAGAAGAUUACGACCAGAGAAUUCUCCCAUCGAUCACAUCUGAAGUUUUAAAAGCUGUAGUGGCUCAAUUUAAUGCCAGUGAACUUAUCACUUCAAGAGAAAUGGUAUCUUUUAAAGUUAACGAGAGUUUAACUGAAAGAGCUAAGCAAUUUGGACUAAUUUUGGAUGAUAUUGCCAUAACGCACAUAACUUUUGGCAGAGAGUUUCUCAAAGCCGUUGAGUUGAAGCAGAUUGCUCAACUGGAAGCUGAAAAGGCUAGGUUUACGGUGGAGAAGGCUGAACAGAAGAAGAAAGCUGCUAUUAUUUCGGCUGAAGGAGACUCGCAACAGGCCGUCCUCUUGGCUAAAGCUUUCGGGAGUGCCGGUGAAGGAUUAGUGGAGUUGCGAAGGAUCGAAGCUUCUGAAGAUAUUGCUUACCAGCUUUCGAAGUCGCAGAAUGUCACAUAUCUACCUGAUGAGGGUCUUGUAAAUAUUAAGAAUUAG